AGUCAUAAACCAUGGAAACGUAAUAGAACGGAAACCAUAUAUUCACAUUUCCAAACCUCUCUCUCUCUCUCUCUCUCUCUCUCUCUCUCUCUCUCUCUCUCACGUCGGAGAUACCCACCUCACCGGAAUCAUUACAACUCCGCCGCUGUCACAAUGGGAACAUGCUCUUCGAAGUCUCCAAGACGCAACCCAUAUUUGCCACGAGAUUUCCCGGAGCAACCCAACACACCGAAGAAUGACAACCACCGAGAUGAUGAUGCAUCCGCCGCCGGAAAAGCUUCACCUUUCUACGCUCUAAGUCCUGCCCGAUUCAUCUUGGGGAAUAAAAAGACUCCGGCACGGCAGUCCAGCGCUAACUCGACGCCGAAAAGUGUGUUAAAGGGGCCGUUUCCGCCGCCGUCUCCGGCGAAGCAUAUAAUGGCGGUGCUGAGGAGGCGGCGGAGUGUGAAAGAGGGAGAGAAGGAAGCAGGGUCGGGUUUGGACAAGAGGUUCGGGUUGUCGAAACGGUUCAAGGAUCGAUACGAGGUUGGAGAGGAAGUCGGGAGAGGGCAUUUUGGGCAUACUGUUUCUGCCACGUGUAAGGCGGGUGAUAACUCAGGUCAAAAGGUCGCCGUUAAAGUCAUACCCAAGUCUAAGAUGACAACGGCUAUAGCAAUCGAGGAUGUGAGAAGAGAGGUGAGAAUAUUACAAGCACUGGCAGGACAUCGAAACCUCAUACAUUUCUAUGAUGCUUUUGAAGAUGAUGAUAAUGUCUACAUAGUUAUGGAAUUAUGCCAAGGAGGCGAGCUUCUGGAUCGAAUUCUUUCAAGAGGCGGGAAGUUCAAUGAAGAUGAGUCAAAGAAUGUAAUGUUACAAAUACUCAAUGUAGUCGCAUUUUGUCAUCUCCAAGGUGUCAUGCAUCGAGAUCUUAAACCCGAGAAUUUCUUGUUGAAAGCAAAGGACGACGAUUCACAAUUGAAAGCCAUUGAUUUUGGGUUAUCUGAUUUUCUCAAGCCAGAUGAAAAACUCAACGACAUUGUUGGAAGUGCGUAUUAUGUAGCACCUGAGGUUCUACUCAGAUCUUAUAGUACAGAAGCCGAUGUAUGGAGUGUAGGCGUAAUUGCAUACAUUCUUCUAUGUGGCUGUCGACCAUUUUGGGCAAGAACCGAGUCCGGCAUUUUCCGAGCAGUCCUCAAAACUGUUCCAAGUUUCAUUGAACCACCAUGGCCUUCGUUGUCUCCAUUGGCUAAAGAUUUUGUACAGAGUCUCUUGAAUAAAGACCCUCGUAAACGACUGACAGCUGCUCAGGCUUUAUGUCAUCCAUGGAUUCGGGAUCAUGAAGGGGUAGAAGUUCCGAUUGAUGUUCGAAUUCUGAGAUCAUUGAAAGCCUACACGCUUUCAUCCCCUUUGCGGAAGGCUUCUUUACGGGCAUUGUCUAAAACUUUGACCACCGACGAUCUUUUUUAUCUUAAAAAGCAGUUUAAGCACUUAGCUCAAGAUAACACAGAACACGUAACCAUUGAGAGUAUUAAAAAGGCUUUGAUGAAGCAUGCAACCAGCGUAAUGAAGGAGUCUCGCAUCAUGGACUAUCUUACAUGGCUGCCUGCACCCAAACUGGAGUUCGAGGAAUUCUGCGCAGCCACAGUUUGUGUUCAUCAGCUUGAAGCAUUCGACCGGUGGGAACAGCAUGCUCGUUGUGCUUAUGAGAUUUUCGAUAAAAAUGGUAACCGGGCUAUUGUUAUUGAAGAACUUGCAUCUGAACUUGGGCUUGGUCCAUCAGUUCCGCUACAUGCUGUUCUGAAUGACUGGAUUCGGCAUACAGAUGGGAUGCUAAGCUUUCAUGGAUUUGUGAAGCUGUUGCAUGGAGUAUCCAACAGAAACAAGAUGAAAUUAUAAAGGCUGUGUUUUGUAUAUAUGUCAACUCGAAGCUUUCUGGAGGGCGGAAUGGGUAUUUCAGUUUUGCUUCCAUUUUUUUUACGUUUUGACCUCCAAGCUGUGGACCCAAGGGUCAGAUUCAGAAGUGAACAGGUGAUAGAGAUUACAUAUUGAUGUUCUCUAUCAAGAAGAUUGGCAUCAUAGUGGUUACAAUAUUAUGCAUGGAAGCUAAGAACAUAGCUUUAGUUUCCGAAAUUUGCAAAGAUAAAGAUAUGUGUAACUGUAAGCAAUAAAGAAUUGUAUAUGGAAUAUGAUUCGAAAAUCGAAAAAAUGGUCUCUGCAAAAUUAUAUA